UCUCGAGACAAACAGAUUCUCUGGCUAACAGAUUCUCUGACUAACAGUUUCUCUGGCAAACAGAUUCUCUGGCUAACAGAUUCUCUGGCUAACAGCUUUGGCAUUCGUAUAAAAGCGGGAAGCUCCAGAUUUCUAACACGUGUCACAAUGGUCAGAACCAGCGCCAUUGUUUACAUGCUUGCUAACUGUGUCGUCAUCGCCGACUCCCUUCCUUCACCGCCGGAGGCUGCGAGCAGUUGGUCUAACGCCACAGACGGCAAUGCUGGACUGUCAAGAAGCUCCACCAUAAGCACCAAGUCAGCGAUCCUGCCAGCGCCUCCAACGACGGCACACUCGCAGACCCCAGUAUCGUUCAAUCCGCCAGAGCCGAAGGAGAGGUUGAGUCUGACGAUCAGCGCGCUAGCUAACUGGAAAGUUCCAGAAAUUUCGAUCGCAAGAUUUGAUUGGAGAACCGGACGCGAAAGCAAGUUAAAGAAAACGUGGGAAAAAAGCAGUGCAAGCGAUGUAAACCGAGUCGUGUAUCUUAUCAAGCCUUUGAUACGUGAACAAAAAAUUACCAAAGUAGAGAAACCGAAGCUGAAAUCUAUGAAAUACUUGAAAAAAGAUCAAACACGUGCGUGUGUGGCCAAUGCGUCCAUGCUAUUCCGACGUGACUUGGCUAUUCAUAGAGUGGUUGGCGGGACCAUCAGUAAGUACGGCUCCCACCCCUGGCAGGUCGGCAUGUGGAAACAUGUGGGUGGGGACCGCUACGCCCGACACUGUGGGGGUGCCAUUAUAAGCGAGUAUUGGUUUCUCACGGCCGCACAUUGCAUUGACAAAAACUCAAGCUUUAAAAUUGUGGUCGGUGACCACGAUUAUGAUAAGAAAGACAAGGCGGAAUCCACAUUUGAAAUAGAGAGAGCUUUUGCACACCAAGAUUUCGGAAACUUUGAUUACGACUUUGCACUUGUCCGCGUGAUGCCAGUAGACGGACGUGGAUUCCAGUUCAACAAAUACGUGUCACCUGUAUGUCUACCAAACGUCACUCAGAAAUACACGCCCGGACAGAGGUGCUACAUCUCAGGGAUGGGGGCCAAUACAUAUUUCGAGGCAGGUAGCAGUCCCGUCACAACGUUCCCGUGGUACCAACAGGAGGCAGUGGUUCCUCUAUUAGACAAUAAAAAAUGCCAAGAGAUUCUCAAACGAGGAAAUCACCCAAUGAAGUUAACUUCAAGGAUGACAUGCGCAGGUGACCUGCGCGGUGAUAUCGAUGCGUGUGUGGGUGAUAGUGGUGGACCUUUAGUUUGUGAAAACAAAGGUAUUGUCAUGUUGAUGGGCCUGUCGUCCUGGGGCCGAGGCUGCGCCCACAAGGGUGAGCCUGGCAUCUACGUCAAGAUUACCUAUUUCCUGCCCUGGAUGUGGGACACGAUCAAUUUAUACGACACCAAGUAUAGUUAAGAGAAGCUUACAGCAAGCUGAUGUAUAUAAAGUAUACAGCACGCACAUAGAUGUUUUUAAAGUAUACAGCACGCACAUAGAUGUUUUUAAAGUAUACAGCACGCACAUAGAUGUUUUUAAAGUAUAGAGCACGCACAUAUAUUUUUGAAAUCAUUCACCACCCACAGAUAUUUUUAAAAAAUAUUCAACCCACAGAUUUUAAAAACAUACAAUGAUAAACGUGAAGCCAGAUUGCGAGAUGUAAAGUAUUUGAAUCUGUCAGAGACCGCUCGUUAGAAUUAAAAUGUA